CGGAGCCUCGCGGGUUGUUUUUUUUGCCCAGGAGACGGAUUUGGCGGGGGCGGUGCAGGCCGUGGGUGGUGCAGGCCGUGGGCGGCGAGCUUUUUCAGGAAGACACGGGAGAAGAUUGAAUGAGGUGACGCGUGAGCAGAAGCUUGCUCUGUUGAACCCCACUCUGUGCCAGGUAUUGUCCCAGGCAGUAGACACAGCAGUGAGGAAAGCGACACAUCUUCUGGAGCUCAUUCCAGUCACAGCCCAUGAUGUCUUCCACCUGUGGUCUGGUUAGAGUUGAGGGCUUGCUGCUUCUGAUGUCCAUUUUUAGCAAGCUGACUGAAGCCUCUCUGUCAGAGCUGAGUCCCCAGCAAUAUUUCAGCACGCUGCAACCAGGAAAAGCUUCUUUAGCUUAUUUUUGUCAAACUGAUUCUCCAAGUAACUCUAUAUUUCUUGAAGAACUGAAAGAGGCCAUUAGACCUCUCCAGGACUAUGGGAUUUCAGUUGCAAAGGUUAAUUGUGUCAAAGAAGAAACAUCAAGGUACUGUGGUAAAGAAGAGGAUUUGAUGAAAGCAUAUUUAUUCAGAGGCAACAUACUGCUCAGAGAAUUCCCUACUGACACCUUGUUUGAUGUGAAUGCCAUCGUUGCUCAUGUUCUCUUUGCUCUUCUUUUUAAUGAAGUAAAAUACAUUACCACCCUGGAAGACCUCCAGAGCAUAGAAAAUACUCUGAAAAGAAAAGCAAAUAUGGUCUUCUCUUACGUAAAAGCCAUUGGAACACCAGAGCACAGAGCAGUCAUGGAAGCUGCCUUUGUGUAUGGAACCACAUAUCAGUUUGCCUUAACCACAGAAAUCACCCUUUUGGAAAAUAUUGGCUCUGAGAAUAUAGAACAUGCACAUCUCUACUUUUUUCACUGUAAACUAGUCUUGGACUUGACCGAGCAUUGUAGAAGAACACUAAUGGAGCAUCCAUUGACUACACUGAACAUUCAUAUAUUUGUUAAGAUGAUGGAAGCACCUCUGUUGACUGAAGUAGCUGAGGAUCCUCAGCAGGUUUCAACUGCUCAUCUCCAGCUGGGCCUGCCACUGGUUUUUAUCAUUAGCCAACAAGCUACAUACAAAGCUGAUAGAACAACUGCAGAGUGGGUUGCCUGGCGUCUCCUGGGAAAAGCUGGAGUUCUACUCCUGUUAAGGGACUCUUUGGAAGUGAGCAUUCCUGAGCGUGCUAAUGUGGUCUUCAAAAGAGCAGAAAAGGACGUGCCAGUGGAAUUUCUGGUGUUCGAUGAUGCUGACUCAAUAGUCUCCCAUGUGAAAAAUAAUAUGUACUUUGAAGAAACACAGGAAGAUGAAAACGAAGACAUGGAAGGCCCAGAUCUGGAUAUUCAAGAUGAUGAAGUGGCAGAAACAGUUUACAGAGAUAGGAAGAGGCAUUUACCUUUGGAGCUGACAGUGGAGUUGACAGCGGAGACAUUUAAUGUGACAGUGAUGACUUCUGACAGCAUAGUGCUCUUCUAUGCUGGUUGGCAUGCAGUCUCCAUGGCAUUUCUGCAGUCUUAUAUUGAUGUGGCAAUUAAAUUGAAAGGCAUGUCCACUCUACUUCUCACUAGAAUAAACUGUGCAGAUUGGUCUGACGUCUGUACUAAGCAAAAUGUUACUGCACUUCCUGCUGUAAAGAUGUAUAAGGCAGGCGAGAGCCCAGUGUCAUAUGCUGGCAUGUUGGGAACUAAAGAGCUCCUGAAGUUCAUCCAGCUCAAUAGGAUUUCAUGGCCAGUGAACAUAGCAUCAAUCCAAGAAGCAGAAAAAUAUUUAAGUGGAGAAUUAUAUAAAGACCUAUUUACCUAUGCUAGUGUGUCAGUACUGGGAUUAUUUAGUCCAUCCAUGACAACAGCAAAAGAAGACUUUGUGGAAGCAGGAAACUCUCUGAAAGGAUAUGUCAUCACUGGAGUCUAUUCUGAGAACGAUGUUUGGAGACUGUCAAAUAAAUAUACUGCAACUCUUCCAGCUUUGCUGCUUGCCAGACCCAAAGAAGGCAAGGUAGAGAGCGUUCCCCUGGCUUCCACUCAGGUGCAAGAUGUGCUUCGGAUAAUAGCAAGUGCACUACUGGAAACAUUUCCAGAAAUCACUGUGGAAAAUCUUCCUGCCUAUUUAAAACUUCAGAAACCAUUACUUCUCUGGUUCAGUGAUGGCAACAUAAAUCCACAGUAUAGGCACACAGUUCUGACACUAGUGAAAUGGAAACAGUUGGAGUCAGUUAUGCCUUGCUGGUUAAAUUUAAAUAGUACUCCAGUGGGGAGGGAAAUCCUGAAGACUUACUUUGGCCCUCUGCCCCCACUUCCUCAGCUGCUUUUGGUGAAUCUGCAUUCAGGUGGCCAAGUAUACGCAUUCCCUUCAAAUCAGUCUGUAACUGAACACAACCUUUUAUCGUGGCUUAAGAAGUUAGAAGUAGGACUACAAAAUCCUAUCACAAUUUUAUCUGCUCAAGAAUGGAGACCUCCUCUUCCAGCCUAUGAUUUUCUAAGUAUGAUAGAUGCUGCCGUGCCUCAACAUCCCUCUAGCAAAGUUCCUGAGUGUCCGAAAGAAACAGAAGUGCAGAGUAAUGAGCAACAACAGGAAGAUAAAUCAACAACCAGAAGACAGCCCAUUGAAACACUGAGAAUAAAGCACUGGAAUAGAAAUAAUGUACUGAAGGAAACAGAAAAGUCAUUUCAACAUGAGAAAGAGUUAUAAGCUGAUCUUACAGGGAUACCCUUUCUUUUUGGCCUGAAAGACUCCAGAUUUAUUUCAGUACGGAAUAGUACUAAGUCAUGUCAGGUUUCUAGACAAGGGCCAUCUGAUAGAAAUGUAAUAGAAAUCACAUACAUAAAGUUUUCUAGUAGCUACACUCAAAAAACAUAACCUGGGCAGAUGAAAUUGAUUCUAAAAAAUGUAUUUUACCCAGUAAGUAUAACCACACAGCUUAAUAUAAAAAUACUGAGAAAUUUACUUUUUUCAUACAAAGUGUUCAGAGUACAAUGCAUAUUUUAUACUUUGUGCAUUUCUCACUAUGGAGUAGCCAUAUUCCAAGUGCUUAUUGGUCACAGGUGGUACAUGGCCAUUGUCAAUAUUGGGCAGCUCAGUAUCAGACAAGCACUAGUGUAAUUAACCUAGUACUAGCCCUGAUAUAUGUGAAUGAAAACCAAAAUGUGUCUGUUGAAGCACUGUUGUUUCUACAGUGGAAUCAUACCGCUGGCAGAUGUGUUUAUUUUCCUGUAGUCAUGUUAAAGCUGGUAUUCUUCA